UAUUGCACGGUACCUUAAACGCCCAAAUCCAAACCGAAAGGUCCUACCUUACUGCGUGGAAGCGCAACAGGAAAAUUCUUCUUCACGCCAAACGCCAAAUCAACGUCGCCUCAUAGCCAGCAACAAAUCGACCAUCAAUCCAAACCCAACAACCACGAUUUCUAUCUGUCAAAACUUCAAAAUCCAACGUCGCAUGACCCCUUGUAUGACUUGAUCGACUUUUUUCGCGGAUUUUCCGCUGGCUUUCGGCCUUCGACCCCCACCCGCCACAAUGUCGACCAGGAAAGUCAGAGUCAAGAAGUUGAGCGUCAAGACGCUUCUUCCUGUGCUCAGAGAGACCGAUAUCGAUGCUGCUGAGUACGAAUCUUUGACUACCGAGACUCAAAUCGCGACCGGUGUCGAAGCCGCCGAGGAAACAGAAUACCAUCUCCAGUCAAUUCUUAAAGAGGCAGGCACCAGCAAUGAUCAAGAAAUUCCAGUCCCGCCUCCUCAGGAAAGUCAGAUCAACUAUGAUCAACUCUACCCCAGUAACUUUCAGCAGCCUACCUCUUUCAUUCGCUUCUCGCAGACUGUCGAAGAAUGCAUUGGCGUUUCAUAUGACAUGACAACGGAGGACGAUGAGUUCUUGAAGCAGUACAAUGCCACCAAGAAGACAGUCGCCUCCCAACUGUCAGAAGAUGACUUUGAGCGCAUUAUGGAAGUGUUCGAAGACACAGCUUCUGAACAGACUCCAUUCGCAUCUAUAGACAACACAGUGGUUGGCUAUGAUCUGAUGGUGCCCUCUCUUGCCUCGCUCGGCGGCAACAAGCUCAUGGCGCACUCCAAGCACGUCUAUGAGCACUGGAAAACGCGCCGGCAGACGCUCGGCAACAAACCUAUUCACCGAAGCGUCAAGUUCGAGACACAUCAAGAAAGUGACGAGGCCGACCCAUAUGUGUGUUUCCGACGCCGCGAGGCUAGACAGACGCGAAAGACGCGACAGCGAGACGUCCAGAGCGCCGAGAAACUCAAGCGACUUCGCAGAGAACUUGAAGAUGGUCGACAGCUCAUCAUUCAAUCAUAUGAGCGCGAGAUGCUCAAACGUGAACUACUUACCUUUGAUCGGGCCAUAUUCGAACAGAGAGCCAAACUCAAGGAGAUGAAGGUCAAGCUCGGCAUCAAGACCGAGGACGACGACCUCAUCAACCACAAGCCUCCCAAGAAGAAGCCCGUGGAGGCGCCUGCUCUCCAGAAGCCACCUGGCAAUCACCUUCGCAUUGCCGUGCGGCCAGAUGGUCGAUCCAUGGAGGCAGACUUGUUGCAGCUGGCAGAUAAGCUUGCUGAGAAGGAGAACGAGUUGCGUGCAGAUGUUGAAAGCAAGGUCCACAACCACCGGAAGUGGAACCAGAACCAUGUGGAUCUCACGCGAGACCCCCUGUCCCCGGUCAAGGAACAACGCAUGGAGGCCAGCUUCCGUCCUGCCAAGACCCAGUAUCUGAUGACGCCUCCUGCAUCCACAUCUUCCGAGUCCGAUGCCAUGGACAUUGAUGAAGAACCCGAACCUGUGGCUGAUAGAGGCGACAUGUCGGUGUUCCAGUUCACAGCAGGCGGAGGCAAGGAAAAGCCUUCCAGCAGCCAAGCAGCCUUCCGCCGACGUAUUGGCCGCUUGGGCCGUCUGUGGAUUGACCGCCGGGGAAUGAGUGGAAUGACUACUCCGCCGAGGGUGGAAGGCGAGGAGUAUACUGAUCGGUGGAAGUAUGACCAAGACGACGAGGACGAGCCGCAGGUGUACGAGGUGGACCCAUAUGACACGCGAGCUUUGAAGUUCCGCGCGACGAUCCCGUUGUCCCAAUAUGUGUACCAGCGCCGGCAACUUCCGCACGAGGGCAUGGUCAACGGCCAAGCAACUCCGCAGGUAGCGGGAACGGCUGGCAGACCUGCACUGCCGCAGCCUCCAACGCCGCAGCAGACGCAGCCGCAGCCACAAGCAACACCGCAGCAACCGCGGCAGCCACCACAGGCUUCUCCGCCAGCUCAACCUGCUGCUACCCCCUCGUGAGAGAUGGUCUGGCCUUCGAGGCGCGAUCUCUACUCCUCAUCUUCUGAUGACGUGUGUUGUAUACCCCAUGGUGUUUUGGUUGUCUUCCGGUUUUGUACAAAGGGCCUGGUGGCUGGCAGGCGGGCAGGCAGGGCGGUCGGUUAGGCGUGGCGUUUUGGGUUGAGAUGGCUCUCAUGUAAAGUAAAUGAAUGUAAAAGAAGAGGAGUUGGAGACCUUGUAGUCGUGGUCUACCAAGAUGAAGGCCUCGGCCGGGGAUGGAAGAUUCCCCAAAGACAAUAAAGAAAGAUGAAUAAUGUACUUCAUGCCUUCUUCUAUUGGUGACUCCUAUUGCCUUUUGCUCUCGUGUAGAAGCGUAGGAACGGUUCUCGUUGGCCAUGGGCGCGGUCGGCCAGAUCUUGGCGGAGAUGACGAUCGAGGUCGGCUUCCGGCGGCUGGCGGCGUCUG